GACUGUUGGACAUGUUAGUUUCUCUGUUCUGCAGCAAUUUAUAUCUUAAUGCAUCUGAUUUCUAUCCAGUAGGCUCUGUAUGUAUGUUCAAAGGUGUAUGUAUCUUAUAAGCUCUCAGGUGUUCAAAAACGAAGUCUGCAAGUGAUUCCGGUAGUGACACCAGCUUUAUUGCAGCAGAAAGAAAUACUAUUUCUCGUUAUUAAUGUGAAGUUGCUUCAGCAAAACUUAUCAGCCGUCGGCAUCAGCAUCGCCAGAAAUUGCUGCAGCAAGUGAGUGUCUUAUUGUACCCAAGUCACCCGAGGCCAGGCUUCAUCAUCGCCAGAAAAUGCGUUGAUUUUGAUAUCUUAAAAUCUGUUUGCUUGGCCAAAUUUUAUUUUUUCCAAAAGUUAUGAUACCCUAAAAUGCCGAUUAUCUGUGACAGCACAAGUAUCAUUUAAUGCAAGGCUGCAAGCCUGCUACUAUACCUAUCUAAAAUGUAGAUGUGCCAUUAUUUUCUCAAUUGACAAACAGCUUAAUAUUCCACUAGAUCAAAAGAAAGUCCUCACAAGUUGCGUGACUGUUGAUCCAAGUUGAGCUCCUGAGAAAACUGUCGACGGAGCUGGUAGGCAAGCUGAACGAAGCGUUCCAUCAAUAUCAGUUUUGGAGUGUAUGGACGGAUACGCAUCGUAUCUACUCCUUAUACAACUCAACGCUGAUGUAGGUUUUCAUUGUUUUGUUUUUAUUCGUUAAUUAAUUUAAUAUUUAGUAUAUUUGUUAAAUUCCUAAAAUAAAAAUGGAAAGCUAGACCGGCCGAUGCAUGAUGAUAACUUGAAAAGUAAUGCAGCAUCAAUACUGUGACUGACUAAUGGUGUCGAGGUUAUCCAGUCGAGUAAGACACGUCGGCUGUUACAGCGAGCUGAGUCCAGCUUAAGCUCACAGAGAAAUUGGGCUAAAUGAAUCUAAACCCCAGGCCUGUUAAGCUAAAGCUGAACUGCUUUGUAUAGAGCAGAGGCUGAACCUUAUGGAAACCAAUCACUCCCUAUAUUCAACUUGUUGAGCUCAUUUUCACAAAUUCACUGGCCAAAGCUGUGCCGAAGCGCUGGCUGCUUUAUGUACAGCUAAAAAGAUCAAAAUCUCAGUCAUUUUCGAACUGUUUGAUCGAGACAAAUGGUAUAGAUAUUUGUUUAGGCCGAAACCUCUUAUGUAUCGAUGGAUUAUCUUCUUUAGUGUUGACACUGUGAGCGUAGGGGAGGAGUGGAUUGUAUGAUGGUGGCCAUCUCGGCUGCAACGGCCAACUAGAUGCAGACCCUUUCAUCACCGCUGCCGGUAUCUGCAUGGGGUCGUUAUGCUUGCCGCUACCAAUGCCACCGGCGAAGCAGGAGCAAGAAGAGCCAGCCGCAGCCUUUGUUUCCUCAUCAGAACAAGAGCAGGGGAGGUCUUUUGGCCAAGCCAUCACCGGCAUCAACUCCCCUUCUUCGCCGCGGCCCCCAGACCAUGACCAGACUGCAAAUGCUCAACGAGACAAUCAAGGACGUUCAGGAUAGCAUCGAGAAGGGUGUUCCCGUGGGGCCUGAUAUCUUCUCCUCCCUCCUGGAGACCUGCUCUCAGAUGAGCGCCUUCCAACAAGGCAUUCAAGUACACAGCCUCGUUCCCCCACGUCUCCUCCGUAAGACUCCAUCUUUAUCGGCCAAACUCCUGAGAUUCUAUGCGGUCUGUGGUCGUCUUGAAGAUGCCCACAAAUUGUUCGACGAAAUGGCUCAACCACCUUCUGUUUUUGCAUGGAACUCCCUCAUAUCUGGGUACGUCGAGCAAGGCCACCAUGAGGAUGCUAUGGCUCUCUACUACCAAAUGGAUGAGAUGGGUGUCGAGCCUGAUAACUUCACUUUUCCACGCGUGCUUAAGGCGUGUGCUGGAAUCGGGUCGUUGCAGAGGGGUGAGGACGUCCACAGGCAUAUUAUACGCUGUGGUUACGGUGGAGACCAGUUUAUUAUGAACGCCCUGAUCGACAUGUAUGCUAAGUGCGGUGAAAUAGUAAAAGCCAGGCGAUUGUUUGAGAGAAUGCCUGAAAGAGAUAUUGUCUCAUGGAAUACCAUGUUAGUCGGGUACAUUCGGCAUGGGUGUUUGGAUUUUGCUGCUAGUGUCAUUCGUCUCAUGGUUUCUAAAGGUUUCGAGCCAGACUCUGUUGGGAUCUCUGCAAUGCUUUCUGGCUGUGCUUCUGCUUCCCGCAGUUACGGUCUUUGGAUGGGGACUCAAAUCCAUGGACGAGUCAUCCGACAGGGGAAUGACCUGGAAUUAUCAGUAAGCAACUCUUUGAUUGAUAUGUAUGCCAAAUUAGGCUGCACCAGUAGUGCUCGCGCAGUUUUUGAUCAGUUGAGAGAAAAAGAUAUCGUGUCAUGGAAUUCAAUUAUCUAUGCGUACGGUAAAAAGGAUGUUGAACAAGCAUUUGCCAUGUUCAAGAGGAUGAUUGAAUAUGGUAUUGCUCCUGAUAGCAUUACCUUUGUAGCAUUGCUGUCGGCAUGUGUUGGCGACUCAGCAUCUUCUCGAUGCCUUGUUGAUGAGGGUCGGUAUUUCUUCAACUUGAUGCUCAAAAGAUAUGGUAUUCAGCCACGCAUAGAACACUAUGCAUGCAUGGUGAAUGUGUUAGGAAGAGCAGGACUUAUAGAUGAAGCAUAUAAAAUGAUCACUAAACAAAUGCGGCCCUCACUAGAACCUGGACCUAGCAUUUGGGGAGCAUUGCUGUUUGCCUGCAGUAUACAUGGGAAUGUAGAUGUGGGUGAGAUAGCAGCUGAUAUGCUGUUCGAAUUGGAGCCUGAUAACCUUGAAAACUUCAACCUUCUUUUGCAGAUAUAUUGUGGAGCUGAGAGAUGGGAUGAUGCAGAAAGGGUAAGGGAGAUGAUAAGAGAGAGGGGAUUAUAGCAAGAUGCAGUGGAUUGUAUAUGUGAUCACAGUGCAGACCCUUAAACUUCUCCCAUCGUAUUGGCUUGGCUAAGUCCUAUUUUUUCCUUUAUUUUUUAGUGAAAAAAGGAGAGCAUCGAGAGCCUCAGAUUUUUCCAUUUAAACUUGCUUUGAUUUCUUCAAAGUAACAGUACUGGAGGCACGACCUGUCCAGUUAAUGCAAGGCAUGCAUCGUCCAGAGAGCAGCUUGUAUGUCUGAAUCGGACAUUUGUAAGAAGACGAGUGAAUUAAUUGAGAUUCUUUCCAAAUACAAA